AUGAUGUCUCAACAGUAUUUCAAACUCCUUGUGGUCUUUUUGGGCCUCAUUGCAAUGAUCGCACCCAUUGCCAAAGGCAAAAGCAAAAACAAGCCAAGGAUACCCAAGUGUGGCUCCACUGCUGCAACGUGUAAGAAAGGAACACCUUCAUGUGUAGGUUAUACACCAUCGUGUGGCCAGGGGGGCAAAUUCAAUAAGUGUCCUGAGGGUGUGAAAUGUCUUAGGUUUUGA